UCUCACUAGGCGGCAGUCAUGCACAUUGACAUUCCUCAGGACACUGACCGUUUUGUCCAGAGGCUUAUUCACUACGAUAAUUCUGUUGCAAAACGUUUUUCUAACGGAAGCAAACGGGGGAUCUAACUCAAUUUGUCCAAUGGAAACUCGUUUUCGUUAUACUUUUGGAGUAAAGGAUUUAUGUUGCAAUUCAACCGACGUAAUGAAUACACCCUGAUGUAGUAGGAGGCUAGAAAAACAACGUGUAAAUCACCAUAGACGGAGUCCACGUCAACUUAUCUGAAGAAGUGUGGUCGGUUACUUAAUGAGGGAAAAGAAAACAACAUAUACUUUGUUUAUCAUCCCGGACAGGACUUUACUGGUAUUUCGGUCUUGGUGAAUUGUAUCAGCGCGCCUGGUUGAAUUGUUCCCUAUAAAUCUCAAAGUAGUGACUUUCUAGUGCGGAAACCUACUUUGGAGUCACUCCCCGAAGGGACAUGUAGCUCAGGGCUUCGACUGUUCAAAACUUCGGAAUUCGUAGAUUUGUGAAUAAGAGGCUCAAACUGUGAACCAGAUGUUGAAAAGAUGACCAUUUAUCUUUGGAUCAUACUCUUGGCACAAAGUAGUAGAGCAAUCCAUGGACUCCUGUUCACCAAGAACCCCACCAACCUCACAGUAACCCAGGGCAACACGGCUCGCCUGGGUUGUUGCGUCGAGGGCCUGAGUGAGCCGGAGAUCGUGUGGAUGAAGGAUGGGGAGAAGCUGUACAGCACAGACCAGAUGUACAUCCCCAUCGAGCAACACCACUGGGAGACCUUUCACAGUGUGAAGUCUGUCCAGCAACAGGAUGCAGGGAAGUACUGGUGUGAGGUAGAGUUCCAUGGCUUGACCAUCUCCUCUGAGCCCGCCUGGAUAACAGUCGAGGGUGUCCCCAACUUUAUACUUGAGCCCCAAGAUGUAGCCACGUUCCCUAUGGUGCCCUUUAACCUGACGUGUGCUGCUGUGGGCCCCCCGGACCCUGUGGAGGUGCUCUGGUGGCUGGGGGGAGUACAGAAGGGUGAUGCCACCUCCUCGCCAUCUGUACUCCGUGUUAACGGUGUGAAUAACAGCAUCAAGUUCUACUGCGAAGCCAAGAAUGUCAGAGGUAUCUCAGUAUCGCGAACAGGCACUGUGCACAUUAAAGUCCUCCCAGCAGCCCCUAAAGGUGUGCAGGUGGUCCACAUGGUGGAGAACAAUGUCACGCUGGCCUGGAGCCCAGGCUUCACCGGACACUCUGACCUGUCGGCCUGCACCAUCCAGAUUUCUAAGAACUCUGGGAGGAAGGUGGAACUUCUGGACCAGCGUGUAAAGGUUCCACCAUUCCAACAGAUCCUCAGUGGGCUGAGCUACUACUCCAACUACAGCGUUAGAGUGUGCUGUGACAAUGAGGUUGGGACCUCCCUAUUCUCUGGCUGGCUGGACUUUCAGACACCAGAAGCAGUGCCCUCUGCUGCCCCCCGGAACCUGACAUUUGACCUAACGGAGCAGCAGCUGUCCAUGAACUGGGCGACCUUGGAGGACGAUGAGCUGCAGGGGAAACUGAUGGCCUACAAAGUCCAGUGGAACCUGGGAGGAGAAGGACAGGAGGCUCUGUUCUUUAAAGACAAUGUAGCCCACCUGUCCGGUGGCGGUCGUUUCUUCAACGCCACCUUCCACGUGUCAGCGUGUACAGUGGCUGGUUGUGGGCCCUGGAGCCAGCCUGUACUGGUCAUGCCCGCCUCAGAAUUGGCAGCCCAGAUGCAGAGAGGCCAUGUGUGGGUGGGUCUUCUGUUGGGCCUGCUGGUGGCCACCAUGGUGGGGCUUCUCUUGACAGUCCUAGUGCACCGCAGAGGGAAGGAGACACAGUUUGGGUCUGUCUUCAAUCCCCCAGGGAAUGAGUGCUUGGUGUCCUUCACUGCAGCCAGGUCAUUCAACAGGACCUUCCCCGAGCUCCCAGAAUCCAGCUUGGACAGUUUGGGUAUCAAUAACGAUCUAAAGGCCAAACUGCAAGACGUCCUGAUCCCAGAAAGACUACUGACCCUCGGACACAUGUUGGGAAAAGGUGAGUUUGGCUCAGUGCGUGAGGCCUUCCUAAAGAUGGAGGACAGUACUGUACAGAAAGUUGCCGUGAAGGUGCUCAAAACGGAUAUCAACUCGUCAUGUGAUAUUGAACAGUGCCUGAAGGAGGCUUCUCAUAUGAAGGACUUCGAUCAUCCUAAUGUCAUCCAGCUCAUUGGAGUGAGUUUGCACAGUCGCCCUCAGCAACGGUUGCCCAUCCCCAUGGUUAUCCUGCCAUUCAUGAAGCACGGGGACCUUCACACAUUUCUGCUCUUGUCCCGCCUUGGAGACGAGCCCUUUACCGUGUCACUGCAGAUGCUCAUACAGUUCAUGUUGGACAUCGCUCGUGGAAUGGCGUACCUGAGCAACAAAAGCAUCAUACACAGAGAUCUGGCUGCGCGCAACUGCAUGCUUAGUGAAAACUUGACAGUCUGCGUGGCAGACUUUGGGCUGUCAAAGAAAAUCUACAGUGGCGACUACUACAGACAAGGAUCUGUCUCAAAGCUGCCUGUCAAGUGGAUAGCACUGGAGAGCCUUGCUGACAAUGUCUACACUACUCAGAGUGAUGUGUGGGCGUUUGGAGUCACCAUGUGGGAGAUCAUGGCACGGGGGCAGACCCCUUAUCCCGGGGUGGAGAACUCCGAAAUCUACGAGUACCUCAUCAAGGGAGAGAGGCUCAAACAGCCACCUGACUGCCGAGACGACAUUUAUGAGAUCAUGCAUAGCUGCUGGAGCCCUGUUCCCAAGUGCCGCCCCAGUUUCCUGCACCUGAUUGACCAGCUGGAGGGGCUGUGGGCCAGCCUAUCCCCAGGGCAUAGCUGCAUUAAGGAGGCCCUUCUCUACGUUAACCUGGAGAAUGACAAGGGGGAGCAGGGUGCAGGGGCACUGGGCCCAAGGAAGGACCCAUUCUGGUCAGGAAUGCCCUGGCAGUGUGUGGGGAUGGAGGAGGAUGAGAAAGACUGGCUCGUGGUGUCUUCUGGGGCAGCUCUGGCUGUCGGUGGAGACUACCGCUACAUCAUCGGUCCUACCUGUCAUGGCACUGAAGAGGAUGGUGGGAGGCAGGGGGACUCGAUGGAUACCUUGCAGCCAGACGUUAGGGAUGAGGAAUAUGAAGAUGCGUUCAUUAAUGUGUGAUUUUAUAUUUCGACCACCAUGCUGCCUCCCCUGCCCUGUCCUCCUUAACUGACCUUGUGUACAGAUCUCACAGACUGGCAAGUUGGUUGUGGAGGGUUGGUCACUCACUACUGUCCUCCAGUGAAGUUUCUGAAAACGAAUGGAUGCUCACCAGCAUGACCUAACGGAGCAGAAUUGGAUUGAAGUUCAUAUCUCAAUGAACUUUUCUACCCAUUUUAUUUCCAGUUAUUCUGUCCUUUGUGUACAUUAUACUAUGACUUCACACCAAUACACACACACAAUCAGCCUUACUAUUACAUUGACAAAAAGCGCAGUAUAUUUUAGAUCUUGACUGAUACACAGUUAACUUUUCAAUGGAAAACUCACUGACCAAGGCAUUAUUUAGUCUGUAGAUAUGUACCUUUUGAUGUUUUAGGGAAUGAAUUUAUUAACAAAUGCUGCCUACUAUAGGUAUUGAACAUUGGCAUUUGCUGCUUUGCGAACUUACUCCCUUUCAUACCCUAAACUCAAUAUAAUAAGCAGCUCCAGGCCAAAAGACUCUAUUACACUUGUUCUUAUUUAACCUUAACAUUUUAAAUGGACCACAACUGAAAUAAUCCUUUAAAGCAAUGGUCACCAAUCUGAGUUGAGAUUACUUUUGAGUCCAAAAGCAAGACAAGCUCUACCGCUCAGAUUUAUUUGUUUUAUGUAAUCUUACAUAACAUUAAGCAGUUUAAAAACAGUAGUAUAGCAAUGAGGUAUGAGCAGUGAGGUAUGUGCAGUAGGCUAUAGGCAUAUUGUAUUUGCUUCAAUUGCCCUGCCAAUGUUCACCAUUUUUUUCUGAAUUACAGUUCAUGUAAGGAAAUCAGUCAAUGGAAAAAUGAAUUAUGUCCUAAUCUCUGAUUUCACAUGACUGGGCAGGCUCGCAGCCAUGGAUGGGCCUGGGAGGGCAUAGGCCCACCCAUUGGGGAGCCAGGCCCAGUCAAUCAGAAUUAGUUUUUCCCCACAAAAGGGUUUUAUUAGACAGAAAUAUCCUCAGUUUCAUCUGCUGUCCAGGUAGCUGGUCUCAGAUGAAGAAGCUGGAAGUGGAGGUCCUGGGCUGGUGUGGUUACACGUGAUCUGCGGUUGUGAGGCCUGGCAACAUUCCUGCAAUCAGAAUGCCACUUUCACACUCCCUCAAAACUGUGGCAUUGUGUGACAACUGCAGCACAAGGUGCACUUGUGUAAUGAUCAUGCUGUUUAAUCAGUUUCUUGAUAUGCCACACCUGUCAGUUGGAUGGAUUAUCUUGGCUUAAAGAGAAAUGCUCAAUAACCAGGAUGUAAACAAAUGUGUGCACAAAAUUUGAGAGAAGCUUUGUGCAGAUGGGACAUUUCUGGGAUCUUUUUUUCAGCUCAUGAAACAUGGGACAAACACUUUACAUGUAGAGUUUUUCAUUUUUGUUCAGUUUAUAUUUCAAAAUGUGAGGUAGGCUAUAUGAUCACACCAGCAAUUGAUCAGUUGUAUUACUUGUAAGGCACAGCUAAGUGAGCAUAUAUUUGAAAUAAUAAAAAAUACAUCUGG